AAUAACCUCCAACGCACGGCCACCUUACCCGAGGUCCCACGACUUGGCCUAUCCGAGGCCGCCUCGCGCCUUCUCACGAUGCCCUCUCCGGCCUCAGGGGGGAGUAUAUAAGUCGACAUGGAAGUCAUCCAGAAUGCCACUUCAGCACUCGUCACCGUCAACAGCAGUCAGCUCAUACAACCCGCCAUGUAUGCUCUCUCGUCUUUCGUGCUUCUCGGCAGCUGUGCCUUCCAAUCGGUCUUUGGCCGACCUGAUGUGUCGCGCGCGCGACGCGAAGGAGUGCUGCUCCAGCGCGCCGUGAAUGACUUCAUCGCCACCGAGGAGAAGAUCGCCAUAGAUCAGCUGCUGUGCAAUAUCGGUUCCGGCGGCUGCAAUUCACAAGGCGUGGGCUCUGGACUGGUCAUUGCGUCACCCUCCAAGUCUGAACCUGACUACUGGUAUACCUGGACCCGAGACUCUGCACUUGUCUUCAAGGCCGUAGUCGAAAGAUUCGCCAACAAGUAUGAUGGAUCUCUCCAGACGGAGAUUGUCAACUACAUCAUUUCACAGGCUAAGCUGCAAACCGUUUCCAACCCAUCCGGUGAUUUGUCAGACGGUAGAGGUCUUGGCGAAGCCAAGUAUCAUGUCGAUGGAUCUGCUUUCACCGAUGGUUGGGGGCGUCCGCAGCGUGAUGGCCCAGCUCUUCGGGCUAUUACCAUGAUUGGAUAUUCGAACUGGCUGAUAGCGAAUGGCUACACCUCAACAGCUAAUAGUCUCGUCUGGCCUAUCAUUCGCAACGAUCUUACUUACGUUGCGCAAUACUGGAACCAAACUGGGUUUGAUUUAUGGGAGGAAGUGAACGGCAGCUCGUUCUUCACUGUUGCGGCACAACACCGUGCCUUGAUCGAAGGCAGCGCUCUUGCCAAGACUCUGGGAUCAAGCUGCAGUGCUUGCGAUGCCAUCGCGCCUCAGGUUCUGUGCUUCCUACAGACUUUCUGGUCUCCCUCCAGCGGAUAUGCGCUCGCCAACAUUAACGUCAACAACGGCCGAUCCGCCAAAGACGCAAACGUAAUUCUGGGAUCCAUUCACAACUUUGAUCCAGCCCUCGGCUGUGAUGCUGCAACUUUCCAGCCAUGCAGCGACCGGGCCCUGGCUAGCCACAAGGUCAUUGUGGAUUCAUUCCGCUCCAUCUAUACCAUCAACGCGGGCAUCCCCGCCGGCUCUCCUGUUGCAGUAGGCCGAUACCCUGAAGACACAUACUACAACGGCAACCCUUGGUACCUGAACACGCUUGCGGCGGCUGAGCAGCUGUACGACGCGCUCUACGUUUGGCAGACCAGCGGCUCCAUUGCAGUAACGUCAACUUCUCUGCCGUUCUUCAAGGCCCUUGUGCCUUCCGUAACUGCCGGCACAUAUGCGUCAAGCUCUGACAUGUAUGCAACGAUAUACAAUGCCGUAUUCCUCUACGCCGAUGGAUUCGUCGACAAGGUCUCGCAAUACGCGCAAUCGAACGGCUCAAUGGCUGAGCAGUACGACAGAAACACUGGCGCCCCCCUAUCUGCUCGAGACUUGACCUGGUCCUAUGCCUCUUUCCUAACUUGCGUGGCCCGCCGCGCAGGCGUUGUGCCAGCAGGAUGGGCUGGCACGAACCCAGCAGCGACCUCAGUCCCAGGUGUCUGUCGCGCCACGUCUCAGGCUGGAUCCUACUCGACCGUAUCUGUCACGGCCUUCCCCGCAAGCCAAACCCCCAACGGCGAGGUAACUCCAUCAGUCUCAUUCACGAUUCCCACAGCCACGGUUUCAAGACCUUCGACGACAAGUGGAAGUUGCUCACAAGCGACGGCUGUCUCGAUGUCCUUCACAGUCCGCAAGGUUACGAACUAUGGCCAGACCGUCAAGAUCGUCGGCAACACAAACCAGCUCGGUAACUGGGACACGAGCAAGGCAGUGGCUCUAAGCGCUUCGCAAUAUACCUCGAACAACCCCAUAUGGUCCGGCACGGUCACACUUACACCCGGCCAGAACUUCCAGUACAAGUACAUCGUGGUCAACACGGAUAACUCCGUCGUCUGGGAGGCGGAUCCUAACCGCUCGCAUUCUGCUCCUUCCGGAUGCACUUCGACAUCAACGAGGUCUGACACCUGGCAAUGAAAAGCGAGUAAGGGCCUCGGUAGUCACAUAGUAUGAGUAUGUUAUGUUACCUGAGGCGAACUGAGAUUUGGUUAGCGUAAACCAAUAACUCGUGUAGGAAAGUUGUUAAAGAUAGAGUUUGAGAUCGGGAUCUAUAUACCUACCUACCUACCUAAAGAUCACGUCCCUAAGCC